AUGAGACGUGGAACCAUGUGGUUGCUCGGCAUGCUGAUCGUGAUGGAAGUUGAUGAUGAUCCUAGCUGGAACAUAUGUAUGUAUGAUAUGGACUUUUAUACUCAACCAUUUAGUAGGAUGGCCGGAUACUUAUGGGACGCAGUUUUCAAGAACUGGACGGGACAAAAAUGGAUGAAAAAAACCGGUAGAUUAUACAAAACAGAAAACAAGAGAACUCUCAGCCUUCAGCAUUCCCCGCAAUGUGCGUUCGCGUUUGGAACGGGAGUCUUCAGGCGCAAGAGCAUUGCGUAUGCGCAACUCAUGGCUGAGUUCUUCUUCCGAAAAGUGGGCUGUAUUAAUCGAAUAGUAUAG